GCCACCCUCCGGCCGAGCCCGGCUCCCCGCAGCGGCCACCCCGAGGCCGAGCAGCCGCCUCCCGGGGCGGGAUGAGCAGACCCGCGGCCGUCGCGGGGCCCCAUGGAGGAGCAGGCGCGGCCGCCGGCGCGCCCAGCAGCGAGCAUGGGCUCGGCGGGCAGCCCGCUCCCCGGAGCCCCCUCCGCGGCCGGCGCGCCUGGCGGGGCUGCCUGCACGGCGACGGCGGCCGCGCUCUCUUUCAGCACCGUGGCGACCGCGGCGGCCGUGGCGCUGGGGAACCGGAGCAGCGCGGGCGGAGGCGGCGGCGCUGGCGCUCCGGGCGGCGGCGGCCUCGGCGCGGCGGGGACGGCGGGGGCGGCGCGGACCCAGGGAGCGGCGGGGGCGGCGGGGAGGCCGCCGCUGGGCCCGGAGGCGGCGCCGCUGCUGUCGCACGGGACGGCUGUGGCGGCGCAGGCGCUGGUUCUGCUCCUCAUCUUCCUGCUGUCUAGCCUGGGCAACGGCGCCGUGAUGGGGGUGAUCGUGAAGCACCGGCCGCUGAGGACCGUCACCAACGCCUUCAUCCUGUCGCUAUCCCUGUCGGACCUGCUCACGGCGCUGCUCUGCCUGCCCGCCGCCUUCCUGGACCUCUUCACGCCGCCCGCCGCCGCCGCGGGGCCCUGGCGCGGCUUCUGCGCCGUCGGCCGCUUCUUCAGCUCCUGCGGCGGCAUCGUGUCGUCGCUGAGCGUCGCGCUCAUCUCGCUGGACCGCUACUGCGCCAUCGUGCGGCCGCCGCGGGAGAAGCUCGGCCGCCGCCGCGCGCUGCAGCUGCUGGCGGGCGCCUGGCUGGCGGCGCUCGGCUUCUCGCUGCCCGGGGAGCUGCUGGGGGCGCCCCGGGACCCCCCGGCGGCGCAGAGCUUUCACGGAUGCCUCUACCGCACCUCCCCGGACCCCGCGCAGCUGGGCGCGGCCUACAGCGUGGGGCUGGUGGUGGCCUGCUACCUGCUGCCCUUCCUGCUCAUGUGCUUCUGCCACUACCACAUCUGCAGGACCGUGCGCCUGUCCGCCGUGCGCGUGCGGCCGGUCGCCACCUACGCGCGCGUGCUGCGCCUUUGCAGCGAGGUGCGCACGGCCACCACCGUGCUGGUCAUGAUCGUCUUUGUCGUCUGCUGCUGGGGCCCCUACUGCUGCCUGGUGCUGCUGGCCGCCGCCCGCCAGGCCCAGGCCGCGCAGGGCCCCUCGCUCCUCAAUGUGGUGGCUGUCUGGCUGACCUGGGCCAACGGGGCCAUCAACCCUGUCAUCUAUGCCAUCCGAAACCCCAACAUUUCGAUGCUUCUGGGGCGCAACCGCGAAGAGGGCUACCGGACUAGGAAUGUGGACGCCGUCCUGCCCAGCCAGGGCCCAGGGCUGCCCCCCAGGAGCCGCAGUCGCCCCCGGAACCGCUGUGCCCAGCGUCUGGGGGCCUCCAGCCGGAAGUCCUCGUCCAUCGUGGCCGGCGGUGCAAGAGGGGACAUGGCCAUGUGGGCCCGCAAAAAUCCAGUCGGGCUUUUCUUUCGGGAGGGGCCCCCAGAGCCUCUGACACCGACAGCCAAACAGACUAAAUCUGAAGCUGGGGAUACCAGCGUCUGAGGCCGGACAGCCUCGGGAGGCGAAUAUCCACUCGCUUCGUUUAGUGAUAACAGGAUUCCUGGGAGAAUCGUGCGAUUUCAUAAAGCCAAACAUUUAGAAACUAAAGAGAUGGACGGGGGGAGGGCCACCACUUCCCCCAAACAUAAAAAGACAAUGUUCGAUUCUUCAAAAGUGCCAAAGGAAUGUAAAAUGCAAAAAUUAAAACAAUCUUAAACCACACAACCAAGCAUUGUGAACUGUAAGUGCCAAAAAUGACAAAAAUAAUAUUCAGUUAUUGACUAGCUCACGUUGCAGGAUCACACUGUGAAACAAACACAACGUUGAAUGCAGCCAGUAUUUGUUAAAAUACGUAGAGUUUCAGGAAUGAUCGGAGACCCUCAGAACUGCUUCACAGCCCUUCUAAAUCACCAGCAUUCAACAGAACUUCAGCUUCUAGAACUUGCACCCUUGACAUGCUUUGGGUGCUUAGGUUUGGAGUGGAAAAUUCUUAUCUUUACACACAUUGGUGUACCUCCCCACCCCACCCCAUAACCAUUGUGGGAAAUUGUCCCAUUUCAAACGUUUUAGGAUUUUGAAAAGGUGGUUCAUUACUAGAUAAAAAUACAACCACGUGAAGGGCAGAUAGAAGUAUGAACAUAAAAGAAAUGUUUCUGUUUUAAAAAGUAUUAAAAAAUUAUACAUAAAAUUUAAUGUUCCUUCCAUUUCUGUCAUACCCCAAAAUGAUCUGCCUUGGAAAACUUUGAAAAGUGAGCUUUACCCUUACUCUAACCUGCUACUUUUGUUUCUGAUCAUUUUUGUAUUGUGCUCUCAAAACGCUUUCCUAUUUUUAAAAAUACAUUUACAGUAGAAAAUCUUUGUUUUCUGAGGUAAAUUUGGUUUUUAGAUACAGCCAAAAUGUAAUUUGAAGUCAAGUUUAUUGAAUAAGGUGAGUAAUGCCACUUUUUAAAUUGUUUAAAAAAUUAACAGCUCCAUAAAAUAACAAAAUUGGUUUUGCUGUUAUGGCUUUUAACUAACUGAAGAUGAUUCUAAAGAGGAGUUCUAAAAACAUUUUGAGAAGUGGCCAUAUUCUUGGAAUAAACAUGGAGAUUUCUAAGAGGAUCAUACAUUUGGAAGUUUGGGUAUUUUUUAUUACAGCUGAUGGUUGCUUUAUAAACAGGACUUGUCUAAAUAACAGUCUUUAUUAGGAAGGAAGAAUUAAGUAUGGGACUAUUACAUGUAGUAGGGUAUUAAAACAUAGGCACACACUUACAGAGGUACUUCAAGCAAACUGAAAAUAUCUUCAGAAAUGUGAAGAAUGAAGAUGCUUUUUACAGUAAUUCAGAAGCACAAUUCAGGAUUUGUCUAUGUGGCACAUGAAAUACCAUGGUACACAAAAGCAUUCUGUUUUUUUUUAGACAUGAGUCUCAAGCUGUCAUCCUGUGUAGAGUGCGGUGACAUAGCUCAGAGAAACCUCCAACUCGGGCUCAAGCCAUCCUCUUGCCUCAUUUUUUCUAUAUUUAGUAGAGACGAGGGUCUCACUUUUGCUCAGGCUGGUCUCAAACUGGUGAGCUCAAGCAAUUCACCCACCUUCACCUCCCAGAAGUGGAGGAUUGGGAGGAUUACAGGCAGUUAUGCUAGGAUUACAGGCAGACACGAGCCACGGCACCUGGCCAGAAUUUUUUAAAUGUCAUUUGUUCUCCCUCUUUCUUUCCCUCCAUCCUGACCCUCUUUUCUUCAAUUAUUUCACAGCCUUAAUUGAGUAAGUACUUUAUGUUAGG